CGAUGAUGAGAAUGUGCAGCUGCUGUUUGCAGAGGAGGGUGAGGACAACGAGUGGAGCGACGAGAGUGAACAAAGCGAGCAGGAGGAAGACGAGGAAGACGAAGAAGGGAACGAAACGGGCGGAGCCGAGGAGGAGGCCGGUUCAGGCUCUCCCGACGCCAAUUCAGACGAAAUGUUGUCGUCGUCGGAGCUGUCUGCGUCAGACACGGACGAGAGCGAGGGGGAGCGCGAAUUGCAAAAGGAACAGAAGCGGCGCAGAAAAAAGAUCGAGAUCCCGGCGAUCCGCAGGAAGCCUACUGUUUCGGCGCCGCGCAAGAGGCGCAAGGUCGACUUGGAGACGGGCGACAGACGGCUUUCGACAAGAACCACCACGGCACAGAAUACGCAGGCCAUCCAGGAAAAGCUGGUCAAGAUGAAGGAGCGACAGUCGCACACCAAGACGCGCGUGCGGGAAGAGUACGUCGAAAAGACGCUGGAGGAGAACCUGGAGGAGGCAAAGGUGACAGAGGAAAUGAAUACGCUGUCGCUGAACCUGUUUUUCCAGCAGGAGGUUGAAAAGAAGAAGAAACAGCGCGACCUGAUGAACAGCAAGCGGUUUCGGCUGAUGGAGUAUAUUUCUUUCCAGAGUUUUGGCAAGCUGGUGACGCCGCAGGACGAGCUAGACCGGAUCAGAGAAGAGAAGGAGAGAGAGGAGCUGGCGCGGCGUACGACAAAGAGGCGCGGCCGGAGACGUAAGAGCGAGAUCGAGCGCGCACGAUUGGAGGCAGAGAGGCAGCAGCAGCAGCAGCAGCAGGGAGACGUGAAGCAGGAGGAACAGGACAGGCAGGAAGAAGUGUUUGAUGAGACGACGGUCGUCAAGGAAGAGACAAAGGACAUUAAUGAGGAAACGAGCGAGACGGGGAAUGAGGCGACAGCGAAGGAGGAGGAAAUAAAGGAGGAAACGAAGCAAGAAACGAAGCAAGACACCGAGGAGGCAGUCGAAGAGGCCAUAGAGCAAGAUGAGGUCGAAACCAAGGCCGUGCCGGUUGAAGGUCCCCCACAAAGGGUGGCCGUCCAGUUUAUCGAGUCGCACCUGCGCAAGGACAUCACGCGUCUGGAGCUGAAGACGAUCCUGUUUGGCCCGCAGUCGAUCGUCCCCGGCCCGCACCGCGACCCGCACGCUCAGACGAUCUACACAAUCAAGCGCGACUUCCAGAAAGAGCUGGACCUCAAGAAGGUCACCAAAGAGCGCGACGCGGUGUACGAGAAACUGCUGCAGCUCCCCAAGUUUGGCGAAACGUACCACACGGUGGAAGAUCUGGGCGUCGCCAAGCAGACCGACGAGCACGUGAUUAACAUCACGACACCGGCGCCGUUGGGUAUCUAUCUGCCGAACGGGGCCAAGAAGCAGUGUCCGAUCAACGGCGAGGACGCGAUGUACUACGACCCCUCGAACGGCGUGCCGUACAACUCGGUCGAGGGGUACAAGGUGCUCAAGCACGUUGCCGAGGGCGGCUACUUUUGGACGCAGAUCGACGCCGGCGGCGUCAACUCGCUGUACAAAGGCGGUGUCGGGUGCUAUUUCGGCCGCUGGGACGACCGGCACGCACAGGGCGUGCCGGAGGGCUUUGCUGGAUGAUCGGGAGACGUUUAUUGUGCUACAGAUCUAUGGAAUGUCAGCUGGUGUUGUGUUUGAGUUCGCUCUCAAAGGUCGCGAGCAGAUCGUUCUGGAAACGCUCGAACACCGCGCGGGCCUCGGGCACCAGGUGUGUGCGGACGAGGGCUCUUUUUUCGGCAUCGCCGGUGACCUCGAACUCGAAGUUCUGCUGGUCGUGCUCGAACUCCACGAGACGCACCGUGUGUUCGGAAACAGAGCCGUCGUGGUCGACCUGGACGACAAACUCCACUUGCAGGUCGAAGAUGCAACGCACUUUGCCCUUGCGCUGGGUCACGUCGCAGUCCCCGGCCACAGGCUUGACGCUGCUGACAGAGAGCGUGUGGUUGUCGCUUGCGACGCGCACCUUUGGCAGCCGCUGCUGGAAGUAUUCAUUGGCCCAGCCGAUACAGUUCUUGUCGACCCAGUGCCAGUUGUUUGGGUUGUGUAUGGUGGUCAUGGCGAGAGCUGCUUGGGUGCUGAGAUUAUAUACCACGAUAAAUCUAGAAAAAUCUUUUAUUGACCCGUGCGUCGGUUGGCGUCGAGAAUAUUCAGCAGCUGGCGGAAAAAAAUGUCGCUGCACGGCUCGACAGCGAGGUUGUGCGCGGCGCCGUCGAGCUCGGUGUAGCUUGCGUGGGUGCAUCCGGCGCUCUGUAGGUUGUCAAUGAAGGUCUUGCUUGCCCGGCAGUCAUUGAUGUGGUCGGCGUUGCCGUGCAGAAUGGCAAUUGGCAGGUUUUUGUCGUAGCGAGUGUACAGUUCUGGCUGGAGCAGUCGUUUGCCGCGCAGCACAAAGUCGCGAGCCUCGAUCGCCGUGGCCGUCAGCUUGGCCGGCGGCGUCUUGCUUUGGAUGAACUGUUGCACCUCGGGCAACGACGAAACGUACUCCACCUUAAGUGGGGUCUUGAUGCGCACGUACCGAGCAGGAGGAACGGCCCAGCACAGAGCACGGAUCGCCCACUCGUGGUGCUUGGGCACCGCUGUUUCCGGCGAGAGCUCUAUCAGCGGCGAGCACGCAACCGUCAUCAGCAGCCGCUCGCGGUACGUGCCAAACGCGCUGUAGUUGAGAAUCAGCCCGCCGCCCAUCGAAUGACCCAUCAGAAUCACCUUUUCGUCGGAUUCCAGAUUCCGUUUGAUGAAAAAGUCCAUAUCCUUGUAGACGCGCGAGUCGUCGUUGCUGGAUUGCACAUUGCCAGCCGGCCGCGACGUGCCCUCGCCGCGCUGGUAGUGGAAAUGUACGUCGUAGCCGUUGGCUGUCAGUACGUUGAAGAGCCCAAAAAAAAGCUCAUAUAUGUCUCUGUAGCCGUGGAUGAAGACAAUGCGGCCUUUGUACUCGCCGCUGUGUUUGUGCAGAAAGGUGGGGAACACGCAGCCAUCGUGGUCCACCUCUGCCGUCUCAACCGCGCACUCCAGUU